AAACUCUCUCUAUAGAUAAGUACAAAGUACUUGUACUCCACUCAGUUUGUCCCUCCCUUAAUUCUCAAAGUCAACUCCAUCUUUUGUUUUUUUCUUUCUCUAACAAACUCAAGGUAAAAAAGGGCAAAAAGAUAGAGAAAAUGGAAGCUGAUUGGGAUCUAACUGCAGUGGUAAGAGGUUGUGCCGCCACCACCUCCUCCUGUAGCAGCAGUACCACAAGCACCACUAUUUCUAACUCUACAAAUGUUCAUAAAGUUGAAAACUUUAUUUGCUUUCAAGAAUAUUCAUUUGAGCCAAGAUUUGACAAAACCACUGCUGUUGAAGAGUUGCAUGAUCUUUACAAGCCUUUGGUCCCCAAAUCACCACCAAAACAAACGUCACAUGAUCACAACUCAAGAAUCAAAAGGAGAAAGAAGCAGUUGAACAGAGUAUGUGAAGUCUCUGCCGAGGGUUUAUCUUGUGACAAGUGGUCUUGGAGAAAAUAUGGCCAAAAACCCAUCAAAGGCUCCCAAUACCCUAGGGGAUAUUACAAAUGUAGCACCUUAAAGGGUUGUUUGGCCCGAAAACAAGUGGAUCGAAAUAGAUCCGACCCUAACAUGUUCAUUGUCACCUACACUUCGGAACACAACCACCCAACCCCUACUCAUCGGAGUUCCCUCUCCGGAAUCACCCGCCAGAAGCCGGUGAACUCGCAAGCCAGCUCUGCAGGCGAUGGUUGACAUGAUGGAAAAGUCAGCGUUAUAUGGGACGAUGCUUCUCUUCUUUCACUUUCCCAGAAAGGAAGAGAAAAUUAAUCUUGAAAUUCAGGGGUAGAACUAGGUAGGAGAAGGGGAUUAACUGAUCAAUCCUUUCGUGAAAAAAUAUAUUGUGUAAUAAAGUAAGCAAAAUUUAGGUUAUAUAUGAACUGUUAAAUCCUCGUCAUAAGGGAGAAUUCCAGGGAAGUGACAAAGAGGGUUUAAAAAUUUACUUAGUCAUAUAUUCAAGUCUUACGUGUGACAUUUUAAUAAUUUUGAAUCCAUUAUAUAAAUUUCUUGCUCCACCA